AUGAGAAAAGCACUUGUUUUAUUUUGUAUCUUUUUGAUUUGUUUGGCGGUGGUAUCUGCAAAGAAACCAAAAGACAGCGAUGAUCAACAGAAUCCAACAGACAAACCAAAUGACAAAGCUCCAGAGGUGACUGAUGGUGAUAAGCCAAAGGGUGAGGAUAAACCAAAGGGUGAUAAACCAAAGGGUGAUAAACCAAAGGGCGAUAAACCAAACGAUGGCGAUAAACCAAAGGAUGGUGAUAAACCAAAGGACGGUGAUAAACCAAAGGAUGGUGAUAAGCCAAAGGAUGGUGAUAAACCAAAGGAUGGUGAUAAGCCAAAGGGUGAAGAUAAGCCAACUGACAAGCCAACUGACAAGCCAACAGAUAAACCAACUGAGAAGCCAUCUGAUAAACCAACCGAUAAGCCAUCUGAUAAGCCAGAGAAACCAAAGGAUGGUGACAAGCCAUCUGAUAAACCAGAGAAACCAAAGGAUGGUGACAAACCAUCAGAUAAGCCAGCAAAGGAACCAAAGACUUCUGAUAAGCCAGAUGAUGCUGGAAAGAAUGAUACCAAGACCAAGGGUGGAAAAUCAAAGGACGAGGGUGCAAAGGGUGGUGCUGAAGAGAAGCCAAAGUCUCAAGAUCACUGCAGAGAUGAAGGUGCCAAGGGUGAACAUGUUGAAGUUGAUAAGAAGUCAUACAAUAUUACUACCAAGCUCAUUGGACGUUGGAAUGAUGGAAGCCGUGGCAAUCAAGUAUUUGCACAAUAUGAUAUCAUCUUUACCAAUCUCUCCAACAAAAAUCUAAAGAAUUUUGUCAUUGGAACAGAUCCAAAAACAUUCAAAGUUCGUGAUAACAAAGACAUUUGGAACGUCGAGAAAUCAAAGGAAGGUGAUCUUACACUCUCACCUUAUCAAACAUCAAUCAAUGUUGGUGCCAGCUACACCUUCGGUUUCAUUCUAGAAGGUGCAAAUCCACCAGAAUUAAAUGUCAAACAAAUCAUCUACCAAUGA